AUGGGAAGGGGAAGAGUCGAAUUGAAAAGGAUAGAGAAUAAGAUAAACAGACAAGUUACAUUUGCGAAGAGAAGAAAUGGUCUUCUUAAGAAAGCUUAUGAGCUGUCUGUUCUUUGUGAAGCUGAGGUUGCUCUUAUUAUCUUCUCCAACAGAGGCAAACUUUAUGAGUUUUGUAGCAGUCCUAGCAUGCUGAAAACCUUAGAUAGGUAUCAAAAGUGUAGCUAUGGUGCAGUAGAAGUCAACAAACCUGCCAAAGAGCUUGAGAGUAGUUACCGUGAGUAUUUGAAGCUGAAAGCAAGGUUUGAAUCUCUUCAAAGAACUCAGAGAAACUUUCUAGGUGAAGAUUUGGGUCCUUUAGGUACUAAAGAUCUUGAGCAGCUCGAACGCCAACUCGUUUUGUCUCUCAAACAAGUCAGGUCUACUAAGACUCAAUUUAUGUCGGACCAAUUAGUUGAUCUUCAAAAUAAGCUGGAAGAAAUAAAUAUAAAUUCAAGAAACCAGUAUAGACAAACAUGGGAAGGUGGUGAUCAAAGUAUGGCAUAUGGUAAUCAAAAUGCUCACUCACAAAGCUUCUUUCAGCCUUUGGAAUGCAAUCCAACAUUGCAGAUAGGGACUGAUUACAGGUACAAUUCAGUGGCAUCAGAUUAUUUCUCUUGUUGCAUAAAAACCAAAGACAAAAACAAAACAGUUUUUGGUUUUGACAAUGUUGUAAAUGCUGCAUGUGCUUUUAUCUGUUACUUGUGUUGUUAUAAAAACAGCAGUGACUCAAACUAUUGA